AUGCAGUCCAAACUCGCAGACUUCUCGACCUGUGAGCUCUCCGAUGCGCUCAUCAAGCUCGGGUCUCCCCACGGCGGAUACAUCCCGGACAUGAACAUGUUCUCUCCGUCCUCCGCCUCCACACGCCUGUGCGGCCCCGCAUACACCGUGCAGAUGAUCGCUGCAUCCCAAGAUGGCCCAAAGCUGUCGCAGCAUUUCGUCGACACCGCGCCCGAGGGGUCCGUUAUCCUCGUCAACGCACCUCCAGGUGUGAAGAACGCUGUCUGGGGCGGUCUCAUGACGGCCGGCGCGCAGGCCCGCGGGGCACUGGGCGUGGUCAUCGCAGGUCGCUGCAGAGACCUCGCGGAACACCGCGCGGCGGACUUUCCCGUCUUCGCGCGCGGUCACUCCACACUCGGCCAGUCCCCCUUCACGCGUCCGUCUCAAGUUAACGUCCCCGUCACCGUCCUGCCGUCGGUGCACGGCUCGUCUGCUGGCGAGUUCCCAGCGGUGGAGGUGGAGCCAGGAGAUUGGAUCGUAGCGGACGAAGAUGGAGUCGUGUGUGUUCCGACGAACCAAGCGGAGGAAGUCGCGGCGUUGGCGGCGAAGGGUAGAGAGAUCGACGCGAAGUGCAUGGAGGAUAUCAAGGCAGGGAAGGGCGUUCAAGCAUCAUUCAAGCUGCACAGAGGAAAGUGA